AUGUCCUCGACGCACCUGGUGGCACUUUGCCAGGCCGUCGACCUUCGCCACCUGGAGCAAAACAUCAAAAUCUUUGUCAACACAUGUGUGGUGCAGGCUGCUAAGAAAGUGGUCGACGCCACCAGUAUUCAGAAGAAGCUCGCAGCCGCCGUCGACCGCGUGGACGUUUUCAAGCACGCCGACAACCCAUGCAGCGCCAACUACCCCGUGAUGCACAAGCUGCGCAGUGUGCUCCUUGAGCACGCUCUUGAUAGCAAGAGCACCGACGACGAGGUGUUGUCCACAAUCAGUAAGCUGGAGGAGGAGCUAGUGAUAGCGUUGCCAUGGGAGGUCGAAGCGGCACGUGUGGCCAUGGAGAUGGGCAGUGCACCCAUAUCAAACAUGAUCAAGGGGAGAAUGUCAUUCCCACUCUAUCAGUUUGCUCGUGAGGAACUUGGAUGCGUGUUUCUGACCGGGGAGAAGCUUCUCGCACCUGACGAAGAGUGUGACAAGGUGUUCGUGGAGGUCAGCCAAGGCAAGCUCAUCGACCCCAUGCUUAAGUGCCUGAAAGAGUGGAACGGUGAGCCUAUGCCCAUCAACUGA